UCGCAAUUGUGCCGCUGAGUUUACUGCCGCCUGACGUUUAGAGAUCAACAUUAUCAGUUUGACAGAAAACCAAAAUACCAGAGACUUUGUGCCUUUCAGUAAAAUGGAAUCAACAACGAAAAAGGACACCGAGAACACUUGUGUGCUCUGCUGCCAAGACGUUGACAUUUUCGCCGUAGGAAAAUGUGAUCAUCCGGUGUGCUACCGGUGCUCCACCAAGAUGCGGGUGUUGUGUGACCAGAAAUACUGCGCCGUUUGCCGAGAGGAGCUUGACAAGGUUAUCUUUGUAAGAAAACUCAGACCAUUUGCUGCUCUCCCUCAUCACGAGUAUCAGCUUGAGAAGAAAUAUGACAUCCAUUUUGCUGAUGGGAAAAUCUUUGCACAGUAUAGGAAGAUAUUGCUAUCUGAAUGUCCGCAAUGUCCUGAGCCCAAAGUGUUCUCGAAAUUUGAGGAGUUAGAGCAACACAUGCGGAAGCAGCAUGAACUAUUUUGCUGCAAGUUGUGUGCUAAACAUUUAAAGGUGGUAUUUUUAUUACUUGGCCCUGAAAUUUGGUCACCAUUGGUUGACUUUUUCAUUUUGCUUGUAAUUUGUAGCCUUACUCUUCAUACAUAUUCUCAGAUAUUCUCCUAUGAGCGGAAGUGGUAUAAUCGCAAGGACUUGGCUCGGCAUCGGACACAAGGGGACCCAGACGACACCUCUCAUCGUGGUCAUCCACUUUGUAAAUUCUGUGAUGACCGUUACCUGGACAAUGAUGAACUGCUUAAACACUUGAGGCGAGACCAUUACUUCUGCCAUUUCUGUGAUGCAGAUGGAGCUCAAGAAUACUACAGUGACUACAGAUACCUUAGCGAACACUUCCGAGAGAUCCAUUACUUGUGUGAGGAGGGUCGCUGCAGCACAGAGCAAUUCACACAUGCAUUUCGGACAGAGAUUGACUACAAGGCUCACAAGGCUGCCGCCCACAGUAAGAACAGAGCUGAGGCGCGGCAGAACCGCCAGAUUGACAUACAGUUCACUUAUGCGCCACGACAGCAGAGGAGGAAUGAUGGUUUAGUGGGUGGGGAUGACUAUGAAGAAGUAGACCGCUUUAACAGACAAGGACGGUCUGGAAGAGGAAGAGCCCCAGGGUUACAGCAGAAUGUAAGAAGCUGGAGGUAUAAUCGAGAGGAGGAGGAGGAUAGGGAACUGGUGGCCGCAAUUCAGGCCUCACAGGCUGUCCGCCGACAGGAAGAGAGAGGACAGUUUCAUGAGAGGAGCAGCCAAAAGCCACGCAAAGAGGAGAAAAUGGACACUGAUGAGUUACGAAGCAGUAGAGGUGCCACAAAGCCUCCUGGUGACAUGCAAGGUCGUUCACUUAAGAAGAAUAAUGUCCCGAUGAAGGGUGAAGACUUUCCAGCUUUAGGGGCAGGUGUGACUUUGCCACCACCCACUCAGAACACAAUCAAAUCAAGUCCUGUCUUCCUGAAAAAAGAGGAUUUCCCCAGUCUGGUACAGUCUGGUACGGCAGGCUCAGCCCCAGUGACAGCAGUGUACACGGCUCAAGCCAGGAAACAUUCCUCCUUUCAUGAAGAGGACUUCCCCGCACUUGUCUCAAAGAUCAAACCUCAGAAGCCCAAUGGAAGCACAACAUCUGCUUGGUCCCAAGCAGGAAGUAAACCCGUUGUGCCCAACAACAAACCUGUUGCCCUGCAGAUGAAGUCUGCUCCCGCGCAGCCUGCCCCUGUGUUUUCUGCUAAUGAUCCGCCACCCUCCUGUAGCGUGUCUCGGGCCCCUGCCUCUCACCGCAAGAAGCAGCUUGCCUCUUCAGAAAAUGCUAAAACUGCACCUAAAGUCAGGUCUCCGGUCUCGUCAGAUGAUGAAGACGGUGGUAAAACAACCCAUGAGAUCCGUACUGCCCCCACCAUGCUGGAGAUUUCCUCUCUGCUUACGGUGAAGACUGGCCUAUCGCAAAUGAACCCCAAAGCAGGCAAGAAGAAGAAGCAGACCAUCAACACUCCUGCUGGGACUUCCUCACAUAAUGGGGACUUGGUGACCCAUGUGGCUCACAAAGAGAAUGUACCCGACACUAAGCCCCCAGAUGUCAGUGUCUCAAAAGGUCCUGUGGUUCCCAAAGCAAACAGAUUGAUCAAUGGAUACAAGGAGAAUACUGCAGAUAAGAUUUCCUAUACGAGCAUUCCUGAAGAGCCACCUGCUGCAAAGAAGCAGCCAGUGUCUGACUUUACCCAUGUCCCUGAAGAAGACUUCCCUGCUCUUAUCACUAAGAAACCUCCACCUGGUUUUAAAGCUGCAUUUCCACUGAAGAAUGCUCAGACUGACCUUCCUCCACCUCCUGGUCUAGGGCCUGUAGUCAGCAAACCUCCACCAGGGUUCACUGGUGUCCCACUCAACAGUAAUGUAGUAGAACCCACAGUGUCUAUUUAUAACAGAUCAGCACCUUCAUUUGGGAAAUACCACAUGCCUGAAAACUUCAAAGAAAGAAACAUGGACCUUAUUCAGUCUAUAAAGAACUUCCUUAAGAAUGAUGAAUCCAAGUUCAACGAAUUUAAAAACUAUUCAGGCCAGUUCAGACAGGGCUUAAUCUCUGCUGCUCAGUACCACCGAAGCUGCCAUGUGCUGCUGGGUGACAACUUCAGCAGGGUCUUCAAUGAGCUGCUGGUUCUUCUCCCAGACACAAGCAAGCAGCAAGAGCUCCUCACUGCCCAUGCAGACCGUAAGGCUUUGGAGAAACAGCAGCAAAGCUCCAAACCCCAGAAGAAUAAAAAGAAAGCCUGGCAGACAAGUACCUCUAGUAGCAGCCUUGAGCUAGACUGCCAGGUGUGUCCCACCUGCAAGCAGGUGUUGGCUCUAAAAGACUUCAAUACCCAUAAGACCCUGCAUAUUGGAGCUGAUGAGUUUCCCUCCCUCCAGGACAUUAGCAAAAUCAUCAGUUAACUCCCAGGCAUAGGGGCACUAACCCAGGACACAGACUAAUGCUUUACCAGAGCCAAGGGUAUUUAAGAUGAAGGCUCAUGUGGAAUGCAUACUAAACGGUAAUGUUGUGAUGAGCACAUUUGAAAGAAUAUUUUUGACAUUGACAACAAAAUUGUCAAUAAAUUGCUGAAUGGGGGAAAAAAUCGCUUUUUUGUCCCAUUCAAAAUGUAAGGUUCUAAAAUUGUAGAUUGGCAAUAUGGAGGUAAUGCUUAGUUUGCAGUAUUAAUUAUUACUGUAUAUUAUUUCUUAAUCUCACAUUUUGAUUAUUUUUUUUUUUCUCCUUCUGAAAUUUAUCAGGUUUGUACCAAUGCUUAGGCAUGCUCCGUUUCUCAUUGCAGUUUGACAUUUAUUUAUUUUGUAAUUACCAACGUUUCCUUGCAAAGUUGUCAACUGUUCAUCUGUUUCUCAAAUGAAAACCAUUAAAUAAAGGGGUACAUAUAUUUGAAUGAAAACACUUUCUGCAAGGUAAUCCGUCUCUGAUAGAUUGUUCUUCAUGGAAAGCAGUUGUUAAGGUGUUUAGGGUGUUCUACACUUGUCAAAGUGAUUUUAACAUUUAAAUAAGGGAACAAAAGCACUUUUGAACUAAUUGGCACUCAUUUCCUAUAGUGCCAUACACUUCUGUCUGGCAACCCCAGAUUCGAUUUUGUACUGCUGGGAUACCUCUGGCAUCUCUAUUGCUCUUUCAUUUUUUUUGUGUGUGUGUAAUUCUGUUCAUUGCCACAAACACAUGGAAGGGCAGACUACUAAAGAGUAGUUCUGUUUUGGGUUAUGGACUGUUUGUGAUUUUUUUUAUAUUUUCAUUUUUAUACUAAGAUGUUUUGGUUAUGCCUAUAGAAUAAGGAAUAAUUAAAUAUAUUGCAUAAAUAAAUAAAUAAAUAAAUAAAUCAUAAGUCAGUAGAUCUGCCAAAAUAAUUAAUUGCCCUGGAUCGUUUUAUACAAAUCUGGUCUUUCACAGCAUUAAUAUGUCUCAAUAAGUUUACAUUUGAGAGUAAAGCAAGUUGCACAUAGAUCAGGCUUUUCAUGAAAAACCUUUUUUAUUUUCAUGAGGAAUGCAGUCCAAAGACAUUCAGUUUGAUAAGUCUUCUGUUUAUAACAUUAUUGCAUGGAUGGUUGACACCAGACAUUGUAGUGCAUUAUAAGUAAAGAUUCAGUGUUUGGACUGUGUUAAAAACCCCUUUUCUGGUACAAAUUUUGACAUUUUUAUUUGUAAGAAGAAAAAUAAAAUAUUAAUUUCUUUGCAA